AUGCCGCGCCCUCACGGCGCCGCGGCGUGUUGGCCGGCCAGGCGCUGCAUCAAGUGCAGGGGCGUCGAGGACGGUCGCCGAAGCCAGACUACCUGCUGCGAGGUCAUCUUCGCCGGCGCCGGCGGCGAGGCUCCCAGCCAGUGCCCCGGCGUAGCUGCGCGAUCGGAUCCCUUGGGGGAACGCGAUUGGGUUUGCGACGCAUGCUGUGACCGCCGCCGGCGUGCCCCCGGCGAGCGCGACGACGCGAGCACCGCGGAGCUUGCGCGACGCGCUGAUGAUCGAGGGCAUCACUACGACGUCGCCAUCCCGCCCUUGGGCCGACCAGGCGGGGUCGUCCAGAUGACCCUGCGCAUGCUCCAGAAGGCCAAGGUGCCACGUCGUCGCAUUUUUGUGUUCGUGGUCCAAGACGAGGCGAACGCCUGCGCGCGCUCCACAGGUUUUACUCGCUCGUCGUCCUGGGAGCGGGGGGCGAAGGACGGCAGCGGGAAAAUCGUCGUGGGCGUGCGCGGCUUGGCGGAGCAGCGCCGGUUCAUCGCAGAUUUUUUCCCUUGCCACCGCCGCGUUGUGCAGAUCCAAGACGACAUCGAAGACAUCGCGACUGCAACCGAGCAUCGUGGAGCGGAAGCUGUGACGGAUUUGCCGGCGAUGUUCCGGUGGGCCGGCGCUUUCGCGGCUGGGCGCCGCGCCAGGGUAUGGGGCCUGCAGCAGACGCACAACCCGUUUUACAUGUCGGACACCGCCUCUAUCGGAUGCAAAUUUUUUGGAGGGGACGCUGGUGGGCAGCCUCAAUCGCCCCUGGGUCUUCGGCGAGGCUGGGGCGUGCUCCGACAGCGGCAACCGCGGCGAGGAGUGGGUGGAGCUGGAGGGCGUCCACAUCAGCCGCCGGGCGUUCCGCCAAGAUGGCGAGGUCCUGCGCCUGCGCAGUGCCGUCGUGAACUGGGGCAAGAACACGACCGGGGGGAACGACGGUGGCCCCGGGUCCGACGUGGUGGGUCGCAGCAAGAAUCGCAGGAUGGAGGGGCGCGCGAUGUGCAGGCAGGAGGCGAGGCGGGUCCAGCCCCGCAUCGAGAUCAAGACAAAGCCAGCGAGCGCCGCGGAGGUCAAGAAAAAGCCUGCGAGUGCCGUGGGGUCAAGAAAAAGCCUGCGAGCCAGCAGCCGAGCCAGCAGCCGUUGCGCUUGAUCAGGAAGGGCACCCACCCUGUGAAUGUGCCUUGCUUUGCCUGGGCGUGA